CUCGUGCGCCGCCUGCCCUUUAAAUGUUCCUACUGCCGAUUUCUUUGCGGAUGUUUUCUCCGUCCCUCUUCCACCCCAUCUUCAACGCGGAAGUCAGUUACGCACCGCCUCACACAGCUGUUAAACUAAACAAAUCGUCGUCACUCAGUAGCCCAACGCAUCGGAAGGAUCGGGCGAGGUGUUGCAGUUAGAACCACCAUGCGCUUUGCUCUGGAAGCAGCACAGGACGUGUGUUUGUGAGCAACCCUGGUUGGCCCGCGCUGGGAUGAACAUGCCACUGCACCAAAUCUCCGUCAUCCCACGGGAUGUCACCUCCUCGCGGAUGUCGGGCAGUGGGAAAGCGAAAGACAAGGACAAGCAGAAUGAAAAGCCUCUAGGUCAUUCAGCUAGCAGAUCCAGCAAUAUAUCAAAGGCGGGGAGCCCGACCUCAGUCAACGCCCCAUGCAGUUUCUCAAGGACGUCCGUUUCCCCGUCCAGCCAGGACAUCUGCAGCAGUCAGGAUCAGGACACUAAGACACAGACUGCGGUGGUCCUGUUGAACUCCAACGGUAAAACGUCUGAUGGUCUUUCAGUGAGCACCGUCUGCGCAGACUCCCUGCACGGCUCCAAGUGCACCAAGCAGAGAGACUGGCUGUCUGUGCUGCGCCCCGCCUCCGUCAGCACUCGGCCUAAAAACUCCCUCAAGUUUUCUCUGUCUCUGAAUGACGUGGGUCAGCGCGUGGACAGCCUUUGUCGUGGGCUGCACUUCAUAGAUCGCACAUGCUCAGAGGGAGAGCUGGACGUGAAGCCUGAGCUUGCUCAGUGUCCCAACAGCAAGAUCCUCAGAGACGACCCGGUCGCCACAUCUAAGAGGGAGAGCAGGGAUGCUCCACUUUCAACCCGCACCACCCUCCAUCUUGUCCCCUCCCUCACUAACAACCACAAAUACAUGUUGGGCAACUCAUCCGGUCCUGCUCCUCCUCUUCCUCACCCCAGCAGUCUCCUCCAGCCUCUUUCCACUCCAGGCUCAAACUUCCUUCGUCUCCUCCUUCCCUUCUCCCAAUCUUCCACCUCCGCCAGCCUGCAGUGCUCUGAGCUGGGAAGCUACGCCUCCCACCUCCACAUCACCAAGUCCUGCAGCAUGCUGCUAGAAGGCACAGAGUCAGGCUUCCUCUCACAAGGAGAUGACAGUGUGUUCGAAGUGGAGCAUAGUAGAUCACCUUCCAAAGGCGCGAGCCAGACGACGACCCCAGAGACGGUCUGCGUGUCUGGGACUCUUCUAGCCCCGCUGUGCUAUAUGGACGAGGACACGGACCUGGAAUGCUGUUCGUCGCCUUUGACGGAGAAAUCAGGGCCACUGUCACAUUAUUCUCUAUCAGGGGACUGCUGCAGGAUUUGUCACUGUGAAGGAGAUGAUGAGAGUCCUCUGAUCACACCGUGCCACUGCACAGGGAGUCUGCGCUUCGUCCACCAGGGCUGUCUGCAGCAGUGGAUCAAGAGCUCAGACACCCGCUGCUGUGAGCUCUGCAAAUAUGAGUUCAUCAUGGAGACAAAGCUCAAACCACUGCGCAAGUGGGAGAAACUUCAGAUGACGGCAAGCGAGAGAAGGAAGAUCAUGUGCUCAGUUACCUUCCACGUCAUCGCAAUCACCUGCGUGGUUUGGUCACUCUACGUCCUCAUCGACAGAACGGCGGAGGAAAUUAAAAGUGCCCGAAGAAUCCCAGGUAUCCUGGAAUGGCCUUUCUGGACCAAGCUGGUGGUGGUGGCCAUUGGGUUCACAGGCGGAUUGGUUUUUAUGUACGUCCAGUGCAAGGUCUACAUCCAUCUAUGGAAGAGACUCAAGGCCUACAACCGUGUCAUAUACGUGCAGAACCGGCCGGACACGUGUAAAAAGUUGGUGCUGGAGAAGCCCCCACUCAUGGAGCCAAGCCUGGAGAGCAAGGAGGCACUGGCCCCCACCCAGUCGGACACAAAUUCCUCCCAGUACACAGAGACAGAAGAAUACAGUAUGGAGGUCCUCCACGUCUGACACAGAGUUCAUUUCAUAAGCCCCCCCACUUGUGCUUGCAGAAACUGGCGGGAGGGAAGAGUAGCGCUCGACGUUCCCCUUUCUCUGAUGGUAGACCUGACCUGCUGUCCUCUCCUGAUUCCACCUGCACUCUCCAUCCGCACUCUGACCUUUCCUUCCCCAGGACCGGACGGUUUGUGCUGACUUCUAUAAAUGUCACACAAGGCCUGGAGCUUGGCACUCUACACGCACUGUUCACGUUCCCAGUCGGUUGAGCAGAUCAGAGACACAAAGACUCCCUGGAAGCUCAUCUUCGAUGCGUUUGGAGUUGGCUUUUACCUCCUGUAAGUGUUGGAUCAGAACACCACCAUACAUGUCUGGAGCGUUCCACAUACUGCCAUCUCUGCACCGGUUCAAUUCUGACCGGGCCUCGGAAAUGCAUUUAAGCACUUUUUUGUUUUUCUUGAAGCUCUACAACAACUCCUCUCCUCCCUUUUUAUUCUUGGAUUACCUAAAUCUUUUUGUUUUGUUCAUUGGGCAGAGCACAGAGAAACCUUUUCCUCAAAUGCACAUACUCCUACAGACUUCACUUUGAUGGCAAAAAAAGGAAAGGUGGGUAAAAAGAGGGAAACCUGCUGAAGGAAAUGGAAAGGGUUAACAUCCCAUUCCUCUGCCCCAACACAUGAACUUUUUGAAGGCUUUGAGAAUGUAAUAUUUUCUAAAAAUGAUUAAAAACAUAAAUAAAAUGUAAAAAAAAUAUUUUUUUUACUAGUAACUGGACAUUGCAAGAAUAAUUUCCGUGUCUUGAGAAGGUAAUGUGAGCCUGCAUUACUUUUUCUUUUUGUUGUUUUUGGGGUUUAAUAUCUUGUGAAUGACACAGUAUUUACAGCGUAAUAUUCCAUGUGCAGUUUUUAAUGUGAGCUGAUGUGUUUGCUUAGUCAUGAGACAUUACCACUUCAUGCCUUGAGAAAUGAACAGCUCACUGUUUUCAGUUUCCUAUUUUGUUGCUUCCACAGUACAGCCCAGAAUUAAUUAAACCUUCACAGCCUGCUUUGAUUAAGAACCCAACAGAUUGUUAAUGUGGCUUUUUAACAUUUGCCUCAUUUUCGCCUCUGCAGGACAGGGCAUUAAGAUUCCACCCGUAUCCGUUUUUACAGAGAGUUUUUAGAGGACUGGAGAAAAUGGAUAAAUUGCUGUUGAGUUGUUUCCAGACGCUCACAUACUCCAUUUUGUCUUUUUAUAGUAUUAUGUCACCAGACAGACAGCAUUAAGCCUAUGAUUUCUUUGGGGUGGGGGUUUCAUUGCAUUACAUCCAGCUACAUGUUAUUUGGUAUAAAGGUGAUCCUUACUUUUAUACUCUAUUUUCCUCUGAAACAAUCUUUACCUUUGCAGCCUGUGUUGGAAACCGAGUGUUAAUAAUGAGCUGGCUGUGUCGCCACCUGCUGGGGCGCAGCUGAAAUUGCACUGUGAAACAGGCAGCAGUUGAUUUCUCUAGGCUCCGUUUCUUUCAUUUGUGGAAACUCAGCAAUGCAAGAUUUUACAGCCAUUCAAACGACAAAGAACAUUUUUUAAAAACUGUCACUGAUACCAGUGUGCUAUCUGUGACCAAUAAGGAUGAGUUACUGCUCUGCAGCAGCAAUAAUUUAGAAGCACAGUUUUUUGGGUGGGGGGGGGUUUGUGAGAAAACAUACUGUAUUUAUGUACAAGCCCAUGGUGAUUUAAGUUCUGUUUAAAUAGAAAGCAUGAGCCAGGGGAGCUGUCACCACCGCAAGUCAGGUUUGAUUAAGAACCAGAAACGCUUCUCAGCAUCUUCAAUACCCAAAAGGCUCAGUGCAAUUAGACAGGUUUAAGAAAGUGCAAUUAAGUUUUUUUGUUGUUGUUCCUUUACUCGAAAGUAAAGGUGUUUAAAGGUCAGGGUGUCCUCUGGGUGGAAAACAAAAUUCUUUAUUUUUGUGCUUGUAUUUAUUUUGAUCAGAAAUAGGGUACACUUUGUCCAUUUAAACCCACCCUUCUACUUCCAGUUUUUACGCAACUUGCGUCUAUCCUUUUUCUCUCUUCUUUUUUUUUUUUUCUCCAGGCAUGUACAAGAGAAAAUCUUUUUGCCACUUGCGUUUUGCACAGUUUUUCAUUCAUAUAUUUAGUGAUUUUUUUUUUCUCUCUCUCUUUUUUUAAAAUCAAUUGUUAGAAUUUGUUUUAAAUAUGCAACCAGAGCUAAAAGCCACAACAUUCAACUUUUAGAAAUGAAAUCACCUCGGACUUAAGCUGCAGUUUUCCUGAGAUAGAAGAUUAAACGUCCACUUUGUGGUUUCCAUUUACUUUUAACUCACAGGAGCUGGCUCCUUUCAUGAAGUUGAUCAUUUUAAUGUAAAUGUCUCUUUGAUAGUCAUUUGCUUUUGACUUAAAUUGAUUCAGUUUGUCAGAUGAGCAUGAAAAGCCAGAAGUUUUAUUAUUACCACUUGACAAAUUAAUAGCCUAUUGUUCAUAAUUCAUGCCUGGGAAACUGAGUUUCAUUCUUACCCUUUCAACCUGAAUAUUUUACUCUCAGCUCUCUUGUAUUUUCCCUUGAUGUUUUUUUUAUCUUUUGUUUUGUUUUUUUCAUAAAACUGGAUCAUGUCUGAGACUAGUGGAACUUGCAUAAAAGAGCUCCAUUUGUUUACUACUGACUGGACUUGAACAUAUAUGACUGUUUUCCUCUCCUGUCUUAUAUCAUUCCACAUGUUUUUGUCUGUGAAUUUGCUUUGAGAUAGUAACUGUAAAGAGUUUGGUAAAAGUGUGUAAGUUUUUAAGAGAAAUCUUGAUGUCUUUUCAGUUGAUUUUCAAUGUUUGAACAAAUAUGUAGAAUUAAAAAGAACAUUCAAAUAAAAAUUAAGUUGGGUCUUUUUC